CCUCCUCCCUAAAAGCUCCUACUUGCUUAUUGUCUCUCUUAUACAAAAACAAUAUAUUCUUCAAAUUUAAUUUCACAUUUUUCCCUCAAAAAAAAAAUAAAAAAUAAAAUCACAUUUUGUUUAUAAUUCCCCUGUUUUUUUUGAUGGAUUUUGGAAAGCUAUCACGAUCAUCCACCUCCUCCCCCUUUGAUUGUGUUAUGUUUGAUUUGGAUGAUACUCUGUAUUCUUCCCACACUGGAAUUGGUCUUGCUCUCAAACAGAAUAUUCAAGAUUUUUUGGUGGAGAAACUUGGGUUCACAACUGAUCAAGCUUCGUCUCUUCGUGUUGAACUCUUCAAAUCUUAUGGUAGCACACUUGCUGGAUUACGGGCAUUAGGGUAUGAUGUUGAUGCUGAUGAUUACCAUAGCUUCGUACAUGGGAGAUUGCCAUACGCACAGAUUAAGCCAAAUCCUCACCUACGUAACAUCUUACUCAGCAUCACCCAAAGGAAAAUUAUUUUUACAAAUUCGGAUCGGGUUCAUGCUAAGAAGGCGUUAAACAGGCUCGGAAUAGGGGAUUGUUUUGAGCAAAUUAUAUGCUUUGAAACUCUUAAUCCAAACUUAUCAAUGGCUACUCGUCCAGAUGAGAUCCCUGUUGUAUUAAAACCUUCGAUUGAUGCUAUUCAAAUUGCUAUUUCUGCUGCUGAUAUCAAUCCUCAUCGCACCUUAUUUCUGGACGACAAUGUGAGAAACGUCGCCGCUGGCAAAGCUUUAGGACUGAAAACGGUGCUGGUUGGGCGAACAAUGAAAACUCAAGAGGCAGAUUACGCUCUAGAAUCGGUGAAUAACCUAGCACAAGCAAUUCCAGAGAUAUGGAUGAUCAACGGGUCAGAGAAAGACAAUGAAAUGGCUAUCGGACGGUCGAUGAGUGAUCUUGAGAACAUUCUUAUUGUCGGGGCGUAAAGACGUACUACCUCCGUUCCUAAAUGAUCUUUACGGUUACUAUUUGCACGGUAAUUAAGGAAUUUUGGUGAACAUGUGAUGGUGGGGUAACAAAUGGAAAAUGAGUGACUAUAAAUUGUCCAACAAUGUGAGUGGGUGGAAACUAAUAUUAAAGUAUUGUGAGUGGGUAAGUUAUGGUGGGCCAAAUAAGAGUAUAAAUGGAAUAAAGUAGGAGUGUAAAAAACUUUCAGGAACAGACUAAAACGGAAAGCGUAAAGAACUUUUAGGAACGGAGGUAGUACAUUUUAACAGUUAAAAUCAUUUCAUCUAAUUAUGAAAAGGGUGAAUCGAUGAAUAUAUGUUGUAACUGAUCUGAUCUGAUCUAGUUAAAUCUAGGUGGUGUAGCGUGUGUAACUUUUCUUCUCCUUUUAUCUUGGGAGUUAUUGUAGAUUCAUGCACAUAGUGUUGUGGACUGAUAAAGGCAUCGUUGUUAGUUGUUGUUUGUACAUGUCAUGAAUUCCAUCUUAUGAUCAUGAAAUAAUAAUGUAAAGAAUAUCCAGAUGGAACAUUCCUUAUCA